CCUAGACCGCUUAAAUGGUCGAUCUACAAAGUGUUGACAUGUGCGUUCAGAAAUGAAAAUAACAGGUUGUUGUUAUUGCAGUUCAUCAGGAAGAGAGGCAGAGAUCCUAUUCAUACUACAUCCUGAACAGGUACAGGUGGUUGAUAAGGAUUUAAAUAAUGAAGACAGAACAAUUGAAAAAAGAAGGCAAAGUGACAACUACUUCUUAGAAGAAGAAGAAGAAGAAGAAGAAGAAGAAGAAGAAGAAGAAGAAGAAGAAGAAGAAAUUAUGAAACAAUUAUAAAUGUAAUCCAUAAAAAACUGUGAUUCCAGAUUCAUUCAAUACAGUCAUCGACAGUAUCUAAGCAAUACUUCCUUGCCUUUUCCUCUCCUAUCAAUGUUAAUAAUCAGUGGUCUCAUUUUAUUUUAUUCCAUUUUCAUAGGGUGUACUUUUGACUCUGUUCCACUGAUGCCCACUCCAAUGUAAUAAUAGCAAGGGAUCUGGCUAACGAUCAUCCAAAUUACUUGCAGAUCUAUUCAUGCAA